AUGGCUUCUCAACCGCUCCAGCAGACCUCCAAGAGGCCACGCCUAUCACUCAAGAUCAACACCUCCACACCCUCUGUCUCCAGCAGGCCCGUAAGAGGCUUCCAAGUCGACCCUACCGAUCGCACCGCCUGCAACACCUUGUCCAAUGUAUAUGCCACGGCCAUCGAGAGAUCUACGCCAGUUCAAGCAGAACCCCUCACAGCCAUCAACACCCUGCAAAACUUCUCUCUCAAGACACCAGUCGAGCCUCGAGGCCCCAAGUUGAGAAUCAAGACGCCAUAUGUCGCCGCAUUUCCAGAGACACCAACGACAGAGACUUCGGGCUCGCCGCCGCAGCAGAUGGAAAUUGCCUUCCCGAGUACCAUGACACCGACGCCUCCCAUGUCAGCUGGCGCCGUCGAUCCCAACGGGCCAAAAGCCUUUUCUUUCUCUCCCAUGGAUCUCUCUUCCAAGGCCAGGGCAUAUACCGUGACCUCACCUUGCUCGCCUGUCGAGCCUCUUCUCUCAAGACGGUUUACUGCCCUCUAUACUACUGUUACUCCGGCUCCCUAUACGCACCCUCACUCUCUCCACAGCAUUCUACGCAACUCGCCUCUCCCUCCUAGGACGGCAAUUCCAGCCUCCCCGAGGCGGCAGUCCUUGAGAUUGCAGGAAAAAGCUGCCAAGAGGGUAGGCUACAACAACCCUCUCACUCAAACCAUCAUCACCAACAAGUACACCAAAUCACACAUUGACCUCCUGGUUGAAGAGGCUUCGCCCGCCUCGCCAUCGUUUUCGCCUAUUGGGGGCGACAGGGCAAUCAACAUCAAGCAAGCAUUCUCGCCCAACGAAAUCGAAAAUGGGGGCCAAACGCCAGGCCCAUUUGAGGACAUGCGACGCAAGCUUGCGGCUUUGGGUGGCGGUGCAGCAGCUUUGUCUCCAUGCGAGACGGGUGGUAUUCGCAAGCGCAAGCGUAAGGAGAAGAAGCGUCAGUGGGUCUGGACAAUCGGUGUGGCGGACGAGGAAGAAGAGGAUGACGAACGCAUUGGCGGCGCAAUCGCGGCCUCGAGGGCUGAAGCGGCCUCUGCAAGGGCCAGGGCCAUGGCCAAGACGCCUCGUGGUGGUGAGGCAGUGUCGACGACUGUUGUUCCAGAUAUCCAGAUGGUGCCCGACACCCCAACAGCAAGCAUCGAGAGCAGCGCCGACUCGGCUAUCGACAUUGACAUGUCCGAUGCCAGCAGCGUCGUCUCGGAAGAUUCUCAGAGCCUCCUAGGCCGCCCUUGGGCUUUCGCUGAGCUGGACAUGAAGACGCCGACGGAGCCUAGGGCGCAGUACAAUAAGCGGAAGCGGGAUACGCCUAUCCCAGAGCUAGCUGAGGCGCAGGACGCACCCGUAAGCGGGCAGAGCUGA